GAAAAGAUUUUGCCCUAGUUGCAUAUUGUUAAGAAUCAUUUGUACCUGCUCACAUGCAUAGUUUGCUGCAGUUCACGUGAUCAAAACUUAAACAUUGUCGAAAGAAUCGAAUUUUAUUUUACAGACAAACACUACUCUUUCAAUAGAGAACUUUCUUUGAAAACAAAUCUUGGUCAAUGUAGCUUUCUAGAUUGAAAUAGAGAAUCACUAUUCACCUUAUAGAUUCCACACUUUUUAGCGUAUAGAUGAUAGACUACUUAUCUAUAUAUAAGCAUCUUAGCAACCACAAAAUCAAAAAGCAUAUCAAAAGUUAGACAAUUUGCACACACAAGAAGAAACUAUAUGGAGGAUCACCAGAAGGGAAAGCAUGGAAAGGAGGAGAAGGGAAAGGAAGAGGUUCGGUUCCGAGGCGUGAGGAGGAGGCCGUGGGGGAAGUACGCGGCGGAGAUAAGGGAUCCAUCUAAGCAAGGGACAAGGAUGUGGUUAGGGACAUUUGAUACGGCUGAAGAAGCAGCAAGGGCUUAUGAUCGAGCAGCUUUUAAUUUGAGGGGUCAUCUUGCAAUUUUAAAUUUUCCUAGUGAGUAUUAUUCUAAAAUAAGAGGGUCACCACCAUAUCCACCUCAUUUAGCACCACCACCCUACACCUCUUCAUCAUCUCAUCAUGCUGGUGGUAGUUCUUCUGGGCCACAGCAUAGGCCCAUUUUUGAGUUUGAGUGUUUGGAUGAUAAGAUAUUGGAGGAACUUCUUGGGUCAGAGGAGGUGAAGAAGAAAAAGUAGGGAGAGUGAUUAGUACAAAAUCAUUUCUCUGAGUAUGUUUUAUUUAAUGCUUUGACUUUUCUCCUUAAUUACUAUCUCCUCUGAUGCUAUUUAUAAGAAACAUUUGAUUUUUUAAAUUCAUUGCAUAAUUGAUGUAAAUGAUCUGAUCAUAUGCAUCAAUUAUUCAAUGAAUUAAAAAAAUCAAAUAUUUUUUAUAAAUAUGAUCAAAGGGGGUAAAGUGUAAUAACUGAAUCUAUAUUCUGCUUUAAGUAUUAAAGGUUUAAA